GGGCGGUUCCUGCCCGCUGCGGGAAGUGCUGAGCCCUGAGCCCGCCUCCGGCCCGCCCUGACCCGGCAGCAGUCCCGGAGCGCUGACGGUGGCAGCGGCCGCGUCUCGCCAUGGCUCCCAAGGGCGGCCCCGGCGGGCGGCAGCAGUCGGAGGAGGAUUUGUUGCUGCAGGAUUUCAGCCGCAACCUCUCCGCUAAAUCCUCCGCGCUCUUCUUCGGCAACGCCUUCAUCGUCUCCGCCAUCCCCAUCUGGCUUUACUGGAGGAUAUGGCAUAUGGAUCUUGUUCAGUCUGCAGUCCUGUAUAGUGUAAUGACCCUCAUCAGUACUUACCUAGUUGCUUUUGCAUAUAAGAACGUCAAGUUUGUUCUCAAACACAAAGUAGCCCAGAAGAGAGAAGAUGCUGUUUCCAAGGAAGUCACUCGCAAGCUGUCUGAGGCAGACAACAGGAAGAUGUCUCGUAAGGAAAAAGAUGAAAGAAUUCUCUGGAAGAAAAACGAAGUUGCAGAUUAUGAGGCAACAACUUUUUCCAUCUUCUACAACAAUACUCUCUUCCUGGUCUUGGUCAUCAUUGCUUCAUUUUUUGUGCUGAAGAACUUCAACCCCACUGUAAACUAUAUUCUUUCUAUUAGUGCUUCAUCUGGACUGAUUGCUCUGCUAUCUACAGGAUCCAAGUAGACCAAGGGAUAAAAAAACCCACAAAAAACCCCACAUCAGAUUAUUCCUAUGAGAGGGUUUAACUGCCCAGCACCAGUUUAAGGGUGGAAUAGGAAUACUUUUUUUUUUUCUUUUUACAGCAUGACUGCUUGAGGGCAUGGGGGGAGGGCUGGGAUCUGAAAUGAGUGGAUUGUAUUUCUUCUGGUGUCUUGCCAUGGUAUUAUUGACUAAUUGAAUUACUGAGUGGUGUUACUGAGCAGUCCCAGCCCUCACCUUCUGCAGCAGCUGGGCUGGGACCUGUCACAGAACUCCCCUCUGCCUUGGGUGGCUGCUGGGAGAACCAAGCUCAGAGCUCACCACAAGUGACAAUCCACCAUUUAGCAGUGUAACUUCACAAGUUUUAAUAAAAAGGAGGCUUUUUUUUUGUCAUUUAA